CGCAGUCGUCGACACACCCUCAUUUGAAGUGCACCAGCCUUUUUCUCAUGUGUUUGUUUCUGUCUGUAGUAUUGAUUUGUUAACUUCGCUAGACCCACUUUUGUGUGUCCCUUUUGCUCCACCUCAAUUUCCUCGGAAAAUCGACGUCCUUCGCCGCAAGGAAAUGGAACGUGAUUAGUCGCAAAUUCAAACGUCCGAAUCGAAAAAAGGCAGGACGAUGUCUUCUGCCAGCGGCGACAAGACGGUCAACAAAGUGGCCCUUUGCUCUGCGAUAUUUGCAGGGUUCGCCUAUGUUGGUUAUUCAGUUGUGCGAACUGCCUUCUGUCGAAAACUGGGCAAGAGAAGAGACUCUGAAGCGUAUCACGGGCACGAUGACCCUCUUGGCCCUCGAAUGUACUUCCGCCGACUGUCCCAAACUACGCAGACGGACUGUCUGCUGGGCAAUCUGGACAUGGGCAAUUCUGGAAGGGUUAUCCUUCGACCAAUGUCAGUCCAGGAUCGCAUCCGGGAUUUGAACAUGCGAGCAAGACAAUUCACGGACACCAUGCUGGCCAUCCAGGGUGGUGCAGGAGCUGCUGCAUUGUCUCCCAGACAUGGACCAAGCCCUUUGCCAGGUCCUCGAAGCCUCCAGGCUUCUCCGUGGAGCUCACCAAGGAUAUUGAGCCCUGUCGAUGUUCGCCACUUUCUGGCAAGUCGCUCUACUGAAAAUUUGACCUCUUGUCCUUUGGACAUAGGUUCUCCAACUAGAAGGAGGUGGACCAGGCGGUCUCUGAGACGUUCUGGAAAUCUUGGGAUCAAAAGUCCAGAUGGUGCCAGAGAGCACGAGGAAAAGACUCGACAGGAAGCAGAGCAGCUUUUGCAGGAUGAGGAGGCAGAGCUUCGACUGCGACUUGAUUCACUCAGCAAUAGAAAUAGGGUACUUUCUCCCCACGAAGCUAAGAGCCUCACUGCCCUUCUGCACAGUACUGAUGACGUCCUACUUGAACGGACGUUGACCAUUAUUGGUGAUAGUGGAACCUUUCAGCAAAAUCAGGACACAUUGAGAGAAGCUGGAUGUUUGUUCAGACUGCAAAACCUGCUUACGUAUCCAAAGCUACCCGUGCAACUGGCUGCUGUGAGAGCUUUAGGCAACUUGGCCUUGAAUGCAGAAAAUCAAAAAGAGUUGAAGAAUGCUGUGCCCAUUUUGCUUUCCUAUGUGAUUCGCCAACACCCGUCAGAGAAGCUUGUGCUGAGCACUCUUCUCACACUGACCAACAUUGCUGUGCUCAACAACUGGCACGAAGAAUUUUUGCCGGCCCUGCACGCAUUCUACGGACUGGUGGACACGGGAAGUCCGCAGAUCAAGUUGCAGACGCUCAAACUGUUGGUCAAUCUUUCAUGCAACGAGGACAUAAUUCCCAGCCUACUUGCCGCACAAGCUCCAAAGAGGUUAAUUUAUUUACUUGACCCAACCACAAACGAAGACAUUCUUUUGCGAGUUGUCACUUUGCUGGCAAAUCUCACAACUGCUGUUAAAGAACAUGAAAUUGACCCCACCAUCGAUUUACCAGCCGAGGACAAAGCAGCAUCUCCCGACACCAUCAGGUAUGCCGCCAUCUACGGUGUCAACAUGGACGAGAAAAUGCGCACCAAGGCGUUUGUUCUCAUGAACCAGCAUCCUAACGAAGAUGUGCGAUUUAUGGCCAAGAAAAUGUAUGAGGCCAUUCAGCAGCCAGGCUCCUGAGAUAGAAAACGCCCACCAUGGGACAGCUCUGCAUGCGCGGGACAGAAACCUACCAUAGUUGUCACUCCGAGCGAGGAGUGAAAAUCGAAGUUACAAAAAGCAUUAUUAGCUGGUGUAUAAAAAUUAUUUUUCAUUCCAGGUGGGAAGUUGUUGAUGAUUUUGAAUUUUAAUGUUGAACCGAUCAAUAAGCAAUCUAUUUUUGUGCCACUUUUAAAAAGAGGAUGAAUUUGGUUUUAGAAUUUCAAUUCUGUACAUGUUUAAAAGUUACUCAUCCCUGAGCUGCAGCUCAAUAAUUACGCUGAAGUUACCGCCAUAUUUAUGCAAGCACAAUAUCUUAACUUUUACAUUUAUCUCGGUAUGUACUGUGCUGAGGAAAAGCUUAUAAAAGGUGUUGCAUUUCUCUCGGGUUGCUAUUAUUUUUCAUUUUGUUACCUAGUCACAGGUUUCAAGACUCGUGAUGCUCAGCCAGUUGGUUUUAAACUGCUUUGAGUUGUGACAAGCUUCAAUGUGUUCUCUGAAUUUGCUUGUGAUUUUAAAAAACUGUUUACAGAAUAAGAUUAAUGCUCUUUUGAUGUUCCUUGCAAAUGCAAAAUACAAGUAAUCUAUAA